AUGAGUCUUGCAGAGUCGAUGGGAGCAUCGCCUCCUCCAAGUAAGAGUGUGUACCCCUCUACGAUUGCCUCAGCGUCCGAUCGCCCUCGACUCGAAAGCAAGUUCGGCAUCGAGCCACUGAGACCGUCAACCAGGCCCAAGAUUGCUGCCCAUGGCAGAGCCUUCAGUCACAACACUUCCAGAGCCCCGUCGGAGGAACAGCAAGAUGUACCUAGAGUGGCCUCGUCUUCCUCACGGCCAGCCUCCUCGAACGCUCGCAGUGUUGCGUUUGCGAAUCCCUCAGAGGCGCGUGUGUCGAAGAUUGCUCCUCGCAGUAGUGACGAGGGCCAGGACGUGGCAUCUCGUCCAGGCUCUUCGUUAGCUACACGCAGUCGUGAAGCUUCUCGCGAUUACAAGAUUGCCGAUGUUGCUCUCGCCUCCGGGGCCCGCGUGAGCCGGAAGCGGGUUGCUCUUGAGGGUAAUGAACCUCUCCCCGUCUCUCGAGCAACAGAAGAGCGGGCAGCAUCAGCAGCGGAGGUCAGACAGUAUUCCAAGGAAGAGGAAAGAGAAGAUGCCUUCAAGGGCAAGUCAAGCGCAGGCAGUGACAGCGGUCCAAGCUCCUCGUCUCCUCAUCAGCAUGACGUGACCUCAGGCAACUCCAGCAAAGGCACGCACUCUGGCAGCUCCAGGGAAGACAGACCCUUCGCAUACACCACGCCGGCCUUAGCGGCAGGAGCACGGAGUAUGCGCUCGAGUCAUACUGCCACCGCGGUCCGGAGUGCGGGCCGAACGCUUCGUAGGCUCGGUCCUGGCGAAGCUCGCCCAGCUCACGCUCGAGCUGUGAGAGUCAUGGUGCCUCAAGGAGCUGCAGAAAGCGACGGCGAGGAAGAGGAGGAGGCUCCUGGGGUCGCGGUUGGCGUAGGUGCGAACGCUGCUGCGAAUUCUACCGCAAGACACGAGGAUGGCGCGAUCAAGGUGCAGCCGGCUGUAUUGACAGAUCGAGAUCAGCUGGCUAGACGAUCCUUGAGCCCAGAGCAUGAGGGCCAUCCUCCCCUGCAGUCCACCUCAAAGUAUAUGGAGGGUCUAUCGCUGCGACCAGGAAGGCCGACAUCUCCCGACAUGAGGUACGAGAGGCGUGACGUUGCCGAAGUCUCACUCCCAGUGCAACAGAGAGACGUUCGGCUCCAAGAGAACAGGGAUAACAUUGAACGAUCAGACAACUCCCCAGUCGGUUCGUACAGCGCCACAGCACGUCCAAUUGUUCAUCGUGAGAUUAAGACGAUUAGCCCUCCGCCGAUGCCACUUGGUGCCGAUGAAGACGAGGAGGAAGACGACGAGAAUGGCCAAAGAAAGGCGAACGGUCGGGAUGUGCCACCUCCCAGUCGCAACGAGGCUUUCCCUUACGCCAGGAGGAGUCUCGGUUUCCUUGCUUCUCGGGGUGGGCUCGUGGAGAGAGAUGAGAUCAAACCGACUUCUGCUGAGGAGAAGGAGAACGAAGCCGUCCCUCCUCGAGCAGCAGCUGCCGCCGCUGCCUACAAGAAGAGUCUACAAAGUGUUUUGAAUGCCAAGGUACCGAUCCCGAGUACAAAUGGCGGAUCUCAUAUGUCCUCAAUGGCUCAAAGACCACCUGCAGUCAUGGAGAGGCAGCCUCUCUCCUCUCAUCCUCGUGCGACGAAUGGCAGCAACGCUCCCGUCGCCCAGGAGCCUCAGCGUCCGGUGGCUGCCAUGGCUCCGCAGACCCCUGCGGCUCCCUUGCGUGAUCCUCCGGCCAACGCAGCGGCUCCAGCCUCGCGAGCUAUGCCACCUUCGCCCCUUUCUGCACCACCUGAGACCUAUGACUUCGCCCGUCUGGAGCCCGCAAUCGAAGCAGAGAAGAAUCGGCUGUUGGAUCUGAAUGGAUGGGAUCCUUGGGUCCAAGCUGUCUUCGAGGAGGCCCAGAGACAGCGCUACAACGGCUCAAAUUUCGGUGAGAAUCUGGUGGGAAAGCCUCUCCCCACCCGCAAGGAGACGAAGUUCAGAGGAUGUCGAUACAUGAAAGUGUCCAAGGCGGGAGACGGUGGCUUUUCUUCGGUGUUCCAGGUACUGGGGCCAACGAUGAUACCCGGCGCAAAUGGCUUGGAGCCCGUACCUACAGAACUGCAAGGAUGGUUCGCGCUGAAACAGGUCACCCUGAAGGGUUUGGAGCAAAGCUCAAGAGAUGGAUUGGUGCAGGAGGCGGAGUUGCUGGAUGAUCUCUCGCAGCUAGAACACAGUGAGCGAUACCUAGUGCGAUACUUUGGACACAAGCAGAAUGGGGAGACCUUGAAGAUGUUGAUGGAGUUGGGCGAAUCGGACUUCAACCGCCAUCUCGUCGCCCAUCACCCUCUGCCUCGACCGGCGCUGUCAGAGUACUACAAGCAAAUGCUCGCUUCGGUCCACUUCGUGCAUUCGGCCGGACUCCUACACACCGAUCUGAAGCCGGCAAACUUCCUCAUGAUCCAAGGUCGCAUCAAAAUCAUCGACUUUGGUAUUGCUGAAAAGAUCCCCAUCGGAACCCUUCACAUCCGUAGGGACAACAUUGUUGGUACCCCGAACUACAUGGCGCCCGAGACCAUUCAGCAGAAAGGGGCUGAGCAGGAAGGCGUUGUGGCUUACAAGACCGGCAAGCCGGCAGACGUGUGGUCCCUGGGCUGCAUUCUCUACCAGAUGGUGUACGGCAAGACUCCGUUUGCAGAUUUCAGCGGUCCAGCCAAGUUGAAAGCGAUUACCAAUCGCAACCACGUCAUCGCAUUUCCCACCAAGCGGCAUCCCGACUGCGAUGGGUCAGGCCCUUCGUCGGUGGAAGAGGUGGACGAGAUGCUGAUGGACUGUCUCAAGUCGACGCUGAUCUACAGUGCAGAGAAGCGAGCCAAGAUUCCAACCCUGCUGGAUCAUCCCUUUGUCAGAGACGACGUCACCAUCGAGAGGCGCAAGCUGAGGAAGAUUGUCUUGCGGAUUCAGGCGUAUAUGCAGCAGGGAGGCCUUACCGACGACAACGUCGAGGAGAUGGCCGAUCGGCUGAUGACGAAUCUGCAGCUGGAGAGCUUCCGGCCCUUCUGCGAGAGUUGA